CCACGGAUGCUAAAGCACACCUGCUCCAUGUUAGCCUCUACCUGCCAGAGCGGCUAGUGUGAACUUCAGCCUGUCUGAGUGCUAAAAAGCGAAUUCGCCAGCUGAAACAGGUGCCGCUAACUAACUCAGUAUAGUUCCCAACUGAAACACAAGCACAGGAACUGGCAGCGGUCUGUUUUCUAGACAGCCCCGAGCAAGACGUCUGAGCGCAGCAGUUUAUGAGAGAGGACCCUUCUGCUGCUGUGACCGGGCUUUUCUCACGGCUCUCUGAGGCAGCAUGCCGGUCCAGAUUCCGGACGACACCGAUUUCGCCUCUUUCAAGGAGCAGUGCGAAAGCCAGGACGGAUGGAUAGCGCGGUACAACAAAGGAGGAGUGACGGUCUGGUGUAGAGACGAGGACACCAACACAGUGCAGAAACUGAAGAUGAGAAUUGUGUGCAAGGAUGUCCGAGCUGAAACGCUGUAUGAUGUCUUGCAUGACACAAGCUACCGGAAGAAAUGGGACACCAACAUGAUUGACACAUUUGAUAUUGGGAGACUGACGGUCAACGCAGAUGUUGGAUAUUACUCCUGGAAAUGCCCGAGUCCACUGAAGAACAGAGACUUUGUCACCAUGCGCUCAUGGCUUCCCCUUGGCAAUGACUACUUGAUAAUCAACUACUCGGUCAAACACCCGCAAUACCCUCCGAAGAAAGACUAUGUUAGAGCUGUGUCUUUACUCACUGGCUACUUGAUCCAGUCCAACGGACCAAAUUGCUGCACCCUUUACUACUUAACACAAGUAGAUCCAAGAGGUUCUUUACCCAAAUGGGUAGUGAAUAGGGUCUCUCAGUUCGUGGCACCCAAGGCCAUGAGGAAGAUAUACAAGGCUUGUCUAAAAUACCCAGAGUGGAAGCGGAAACACAACCCUAACCUGAAGCCGUGGAUGUUCCCAGAGCAGAACACUCUCCCCUGCAUCAACGUAGCCGACCUCACCGUGCAGAGAGCCGACUCGCUGGAGAACAUUGACGAGAGUGGCCUGAGUGAAGAGAAGUCCCAACACAACAGCGAUGAUGAAGAGACCUAAGCCUGCAGACUUUGCAUUUACAUGAGCAUGUCUGAGUGUGUAUGUGUGAAUGUGAGUGUGGAUCGAUAUACACAGAUACUUCUGCUGAAUGUGACUCAGUUAUUAGUUUUCAUUUGCACCUUAUGCAUUCUUUGCAUUUGCAUUUGCAUUUCUGAUGACCAUAACAAUGCAACAUUUCAACGUUUCCAUGUAUUUUUGACAUUAAUGAUUGUGAAGCCAGAUUUAGCAGGAUGCUGGACCUUUAACAUCACAUUACACAUCACAACUAGGUUUGGUGGUUGAAUUCAGCAUUUACACUUACACAUUUAUACAUAAACACUUCAGCACAUUAUUUUAGGUUAGAGUUAUAUCUUUGAGUUACCCUUGAAACGCCUCUCAGUUAAAGUGAUAGUUUAGCAAAGAAUCAAAUGUACACAGUUUUCCUCCUACUUUAGAUGUGGUCGCUCUUUCAAGGCAGGAUUUUGGUAUGUGGUUUGCACAGCUGUAAAGGGGUAGGUUAUAUGCUUUAAUUACUUACUAUCUACAUUAACUUAUUUGCCUUUGUUGAUUUGACUAUAUUUGAGGUAAUUGUGUGCAUUGGAUUUUUAGGAAAAUUAUUGCUUUAAACUGCUGUGACUCUCUAGUGUAAUUCAUUGCUUGUGCAUCAAAUGAUCUCCAUCUUUUUCAGGCAUUUUGCUACUUGAAAACUCAUUCAAGUGUCAUUUUUCAGGUUUUAACCUCUUCUGGGUGACCAGCAGUCUCCAUUUCAGGGUACUCUAACAGAGAGAAGUGAGAGUAAUACAGAACUCUGUGGCUAGCUGCAGGGAUUUCCACUUCAUAAGCUUAAUAUUUGCAUCAAACCCAUAGCUUACAACAAGAUCUCAGGAGAUAAAAAAUAGUGCUUUUCACUAUUUUCCUGUUACAGUAUGUGUGCUUUCAGCUCUUUGAGACUGGAUCACUUUGUGCUGUAAUUUCCCAUCAUCACAUUAAGAAUAAACAGUUUUAUCUUGUA